CGCGUCCUCUGCCACACCCGCGUCGCAUCCUUACCCCCAUUGAAGCAUAUUUUGCUCCUCGCCCUCCUUCUUCAUUCUGUUUGCCCUCCCCCUCCUCAUCCACACCCCAUUCAGUCGUACCCCCGCUUGGAUCGGAACACCCCAUUGCAAAGCACCAUGUCCAAGGUCAUCGUCGUUGGCGGAGGUCUCUCCGGUCUCUCAGCCGCUCACACGCUGAUCGACCGCGGCGCCAAUGUCGUUGUUCUCGACAAAAACGGUUACUUUGGUGGCAACUCAACCAAGGCCACGUCAGGCAUCAACGGAGCCGGCACCACCACUCAGGCCAACCUCGACAUCCGUGAUACGGCUAAGACCUUCUUCGAAGACACUAAGAAGUCCGCCGCCGAUCUUGCCCGCGAUGACUUGAUCAAGGUUCUCACCUACAAGUCCGGCGACGCUGUCACCUGGCUCCAGGAUAAGUUCGGCCUUGCUCUCGACAAGAUCAGCAGGCUAGGUGGCCACUCGGAAAUGAGAACGCACCGUUCUGGCGCAGGUGGAAAGUUCCCAGGUAUGGAGAUCACCAUGGCGCUCAUGGACCUUGCCGAGGACGAGGCCAAGAACCGCCCCGACCGCUUCCAGAUCAUUCGCAAGGCCGAUGUCAAGCAUCUUAUCUAUGAGAACGGCAUUGUCAAGGGUGUCGAGUAUGAAUUGAACGGCCAGCGCCACCAGGAGUACGGGCCAGUUAUUCUCGCCACCGGUGGCUACGCCGCCGACUUCUCCGACUCUGGCUCACUGCUUAAGGAAUUCAAACCCGAGUACUUCAACCUGCCGACGACCAAUGGCGCCCACUGCACUGGUGACGGCCAGAAGAUGGUUCGCGCCAUCGACGGAAGCCUCAUCGACAUGGAAAAGGUCCAGGUCCACCCGACCGGUCUCGUCGAUCCCAAGGACCCGGACGCUAAGGUCAAGUUCCUUGCUGCCGAAGCGCUCCGUGGUUGCGGUGGCCUGCUAGUCGAUAACGAGGGCCAGCGCUUCAUCGACGAACUUGAGAAGCGUGCCGUCGUUACGGCCGCCAUGUGGAAGCACGACAAGUUCCCCGUUCGGCUGAUCCUCAACGGCGAGGCGUCACGCGAGAUCGAGUGGCACUGCAAGCACUACCAGGGCCGCGGGCUGAUGAAGCGCUUCGAGACGGUCGAGGAGGUCGCCAAGGACAUGGGCAUCGAUGCGAGCAAACUCAAAUCCACCUUUGACGACUACAUUCAGAUCGGCAGCGGCAAGAAGAAGGACCCCUUCGGCAAGCGCUUCCACCACAACUGGAACAUGAAGGAGGGGCCGUACUAUGUCGCGCUCAUGACGCCUGUUCUCCACUAUACGAUGGGUGGUGUCGAAAUCAACGACCAGGCUCAGAUCCUGUCCAAGUCUGGCAAGCCAAUCCCAGGCCUGUACGCCUGCGGUGAGCUUGCCGGCGGUGUGCACGGCGCGAACCGACUCGGUGGCUCGUCCCUGCUCGGUUGCGUCGUCUACGGCCGCGUCGCUGGUGACGCUGCCAGCGCUUACCUACUGGAGGGUAUCUCAACCGGGAAGAUCGCCGCUGGGCGUGCGGCCCAGAUCCAGCAGCAGCUCGAAACGCGCGUCCGCGUCAACCCAGAGACGUCCAGUGUUAACGUCAGCUUCCACUGGGCCCCCGAGGCGGGAGUGUUGAGCAGCAGCGGCAGCAGUGGCGUGGCGCAGACCGCACCUGCAGCGCAGUCGAACAGCUCGUCUGCUUCAUCUGGGAGCGAGCAGCCGGCACAGCAGGAGCUCAAGGAGUACACACUCGAUGACGUUGCCAAGCACAACAAGGACGAUGACGUCUGGGUCGUCGUCAAUGGCAAGGUGCUCGACGUGACCAAGUUCCUGCCGGAUCAUCCUGGCGGAGAAAAGGCCAUCCUGCUGUACAAGGGCAAGGAUUGCUCGGAGGAAUUUGAGAUGAUGCACGACGAGAGCGUCAUCGCAAAGUACGCUCCGUACGUCCACAUUGGCAACCUUAAGCAAUAAAUCCACACGCUCGCUCGCACGCCAAGCAAGCGUGCUUUCAGGCAAAUCGAAUCGAAGGCAGCGGCGACAUGUGUUUUGCUUCUUUUGGGUUUCUUGGGAGAGUCCAUGACGCAUUGAUCUUGUAGCGCAGCGCUCCACUCCCUCUCUCGUGAAUCGGAUCCACAGCAUUCUAGAAA